UCCGCGGGGAGAAGACCUGGAGAGAGGCGACAUCGCAUAAUAAUCCAUCUUUAAAUAACUGAAAAUCCAAGAGAGAAUAAAUAGUGUGUAUGGCUCUGAAGAGUAAAGCCAGGUAGAGCGGACCUGAUACACGGCUGCAAUUUUUCAGAGCUGCCCAUCAAUCCUAGCGUCAAAUCCAGUCCCUCCGAGUUCCUCCCCGGACACCCAACUGCUAGGUUCCCACCUGGAUUUGGAGACCUGAACUCACCGCGUCAGCGGCCCCACCCGCGGCCGCAGAGUCGCUGUGGAGGAGCCGGGAUCUGCCCCCGCCCGGCCGCAGACGCUUGGCCGCCGUCUCCUGGCAACAGCAGACGCGGAGCCGGGCCGAGCCCGAGGCCGGCUGCUCGCUCCGAGCUCAGUCCGCGCAGGGGUCCUGGGGCCUGAGUCCGCCUCUGCCAUGGCCUCCAAACAAGCCAAAAAGAGAGAAGUGCAUCGUAUCAAUUCGGCGCACGGAUCGGAUAAAUCUAAAGAUCAGUACCUUUUUGGCGGUAAUGUGCAACCUGGCUCCGUUGAGCAGAAGAAGGGGAAGUUCCCGAUCUGGCCAGAAUGGAAUGAAGCCGACAUAAAUGCAGAAAAGUGGGAUGCAGGCAAAGGUGGAAAAGAAAAGGAUAAAAUGGGAAAAAGCCCUGUAUUUCAUUUUUUUGAAGACCCUGAAGGAAAGAUUGAAUUGCCACCAUCGUUGAAAAUUUAUUCCUGGAAGCGUCCACAGGAUUUUUUAUUUAAUCGGACUCCAGUAGUUGUGAAAAAUGAAAUCCUGUUUGACUUGUUUUCAGCAAAUGAACAUUUACUCCGCAGUGAGCUGAUGAGAUGGAUUAUCAGUGAAAUCUAUGCAGUGUGGAAGAUAUUCAAUGGAGGCAUUUUGAACAAUUAUUUCAAAGGGACCACAGGGGAGCCUCCUUGUCUUGCCUGGAAGCCCUGGGAACAUAUCUACUCUCUGUGCAAGGCUGUGAAAGGUCACAUGCCCUUAUUCAAUAGCUACGGAAAGUAUGUUGUGAAACUUUACUGGAUGGGUUGUUGGAGAAAGAUAACUAUUGAUGACUUUCUGCCUUUUGAUGAAGACAACAAUCUAUUGCUUCCAGCCACAACCUAUGACUUUGAACUCUGGCCAAUGCUUUUGUGUAAAGCUAUCAUUAAGCUGGCAAAUGUUGACAUCCAUGUAGCCGAGAGGAGAGAAUUAGGGGAGUUCACGGUGAUUCAUGCGCUUACCGGAUGGUUACCAGAAGUGAUUCCUCUCCACCCAGGAUAUACGGACAAAGUUUGGGAGCUCUUGAAAGAAAUAUUGCCUGAGUUUAAGCUGUCAGAUGAGUCCAGCUCUGAAAGCAAAACAACUGUUGUAGAUACCAAAUUAAAAGAGGCAGGGAAAGAAGUGAAGAAUGGCAAAGAAAUGAAAGAUGGCAAAGAAUUCAAACUUGACACUUCAGUGACAGCAUUAAAGGCACCUGAGAAAAGUGACAAAGUUCCAAAGGAAAAAGCAGAUGCAAAAGACCUUGGGAAGAAGAAGAGUAAAAAUGGAGACAAAGAAAAGGAAAAGGAAAAAUUCAAAUGGUCACUUCAUGGUUCAAGACCCUCAUCAGAUGUACAAUACUCUCUGCAGUCUCUGUCAGAUUGUUCUUCAGCAACACAGUCUGCUCACAUGGUUGUAUAUGCUACCUUUACACCCCUCUAUUUGUUUGAAAGGAAGAUCUUUUCGUUAGAAAAAGUGGCUGAUUCUGCCGAGAAGCUGAGACAAUAUGGACUUUCCCAUAUCUGUAGCCAUCCUGUGCUGGUGACUAGAACUAGGUCUUGCCCUCUCAUAGCACCUCCAAAGCCACCUCCCAUACCUGCCUGGAAAAUCUUUCGUCAAAAAAAGGAAACUGUUAUAACAGAUGAAGCUCAAGAAACAAUAAUAAAGAAGCCCGAACAGUUUCUUGAAAUUUCAAGUCCAUUUUUGAAUUAUAGGAUGAAUCCGUUUGCAAUUCCAACAGUAACUCAUUUUGUACAAUAUUUUAUCAAGAAAGGGGUACCUCCAGGAUCUGGUUUAUCUUCCCUUACUGAAAAUGAUGAAACCAUCACCUUUAGCCAGCCAGACUUAAUUCAGUUGACAGGAACAGUAUCUCAGGGAAACAUUACUUCGCAAGUUAUACCUGGAAAAGAAGAGCUAACAGAACUUGGAUUAAAUGACACAGCUCAUCAAGGUGAAGGACUUAGUUUGGAAAGAGAUUUAGUCAGCCAGAUGACAGCAACACAGGAAAAAUCACAAGAGGACCUCCCAACAAUAAAUAAUAGCGUUUCUAAAGAAAUAUGGUUAGAUUUUGAAGACUUCUGUGUAUGCUUUCAGAAUAUAUAUAUUUUUCACAAACCAAGUUCAUAUUGCCUUAACUUUCAAAAAACAGAAUUCAAGUUCUCAGAUGAACGCGUGUCCUACUAUCUGUUUGUGGAUAGUCUGAAACCCAUUGAACUGCUGGUUUGCUUUUCUGCACUGGUACGAUGGGGAGAAUCUGGAGCUUUAACAAAAGACAGCCCCCACGUAGGGCCUGGACUGCUUACAGCGGAAUCCCUUUCCUGGAAAUCUCUGAGGCCACGAGAUCUUGUUUUGAAGAUUCAUACGUAUGCCACCAAGGCUGCGGUGGUCCGGCUGCCUGUUGGGAGACAUAUGCUUCUCUUCACCGCAUACUCCUCCGUGGGGCAUUCCAUACACAUCUGCAGCAUGGUGACUUUUGUCAUUGGGGACGAAGAUGCCGUGCUACCCAACUUUGAGCCGGAGAGCUACCGAUUCACAGAGCAGUCUCUAAUAAUUUUGAAAGCUGUUGGAAAUGUGAUUGCUAGUUUCAAAGAUAAGGCUAAACUUCCUGUGGCUCUGAAGGAUUUACAAACAGCUCACUACCCUAUUCCCCUCCACAAUAAAGAACUAACAGCACAACACUUCAGGGUUUUUCAUAUUUCUUUAUGGCGCUUAAUGAAAAAAACUCAACUAACAAAACCUCCUCCCAAUUUUAAGUUUGCCUUUCGUGCUUUGGUUCUGGAUUUAGAGUUACUUGAUUCCUCCAUGGAAGAGGCCUCUUUAGUGGAAUGGGUAGACGUGAAAUAUUCUGUACCCAUAAGUGAUAAAGAAUAUUCUCCUGAGGACGUAGCAGCAGCGAUUAAAAUUCAAGCCAUGUGGAGAGGGACUUAUGUCAGAUUACUUAUGAAAGCUAGAACACCAGACACAAAGGAAAAUACCAGUGUUGCAGAUAUGCUUCAAAGAGUUUGGGCUAUAUUGGAGCUGAAUAUAGAACAGUAUGCAAUUUCUCUCUUAAGACUAAUGUUUAAAAGCAAGUGCAAGUCUGUUGAAUCUUAUCCGUGCUAUCAAGAUGAAGAAACUAAGAUUGCUUUUGCCGACUAUACUGUGACAUAUGCAGACCAGCCACCAAAUAGUUGGUUUAUAGUAUUCAGAGAAACAUUUUUGUUUCCUCAAGAUAUGAUUUUGCUUCCCAAAGUAUAUACCACGCUUCCAGUCUGCACGCUCCACGUUGUUAACAAUGACACAAUGGAACAAGUGCCGAAAGUGUUCCAAAAAGUGGUGCCUUAUCAUUAUACAAAGAAUAAGAAAGGCUACACAUUCGUGGCUGAAGCAUUUACUGGUGACACAUAUGUAUCGUCCUCACGUUGGAAACUGCGCCUCAUUGGUUCUUAUAACCCACUCCCAUGCCUAUCUCGAGACUCUCCAAACAAUACCUUCACCAUAAAGGAAAUCAGGGAUUACUACAUACCCAACGACAAGAAAAUUUUAUUCAGGUAUUCAGUUAAAGUUGCUUCACCACAUCCUGUUACAGUGCACGUACGGACGUCCAAAUCAGAUGCAUUCAUCAAGCUACAGGUCUUAGAAAAUGAGGAAACUAUUGUCAGCUCCAUUGGGAAAGGCCAGGCUAUAAUCCCAGCAAUUAACUUCUUGGGGAGUGAAAAAGUUGUGAGCUCCCAGUCUAGCAAGCAGAUUCUUGCAGUGCAGACUUCAUCCAAGAAGGAGCAAGAAUUGUACACUAAGAAGAAAUCCACCCAGGGAAGUCAGAAAUCCUAUAAGGGUCGAACUGUAAGUGCAACAACAGUAGACACUGGUCAGCCUAUUUUGGACGAGGAACCUAUCAGUAUGCCCACCAUAGAAGAAAAUGCUAGCAUGCCACAGCAGGUUAACAAGUACAUUAUACAGUGUUUGGUGUUGUAUAACAGUUGGCCUCUCACCGAAAGUCAGAUGACGUUUGUUCAAGCACUAAAAGAAAUGGAGAAAAAUGAUAGCAAAGUUCAUGGAGAGAAACAUGAGGAAUUAAUUACCUUAGGAAGCCCAGAUUCCCAUACUAUUAGUGAGGGGCAAAAAUCUUCAGGAACUUCCAAAACAAGAAAAGGCAAAGAGAGGUCCUCGGAGAAAGAAAAGUUAGCCAAAGAAAAACAAGCACCUCGCUUUGAGCCUCAGAUAUCCACUUUUCACCCUCAACAAGAAGACCCAAAUAAACCCUACUGGAUUUUGAGGCUGGUCACCGAGCACAACGAAGCAGACAGUUUCGAAGUGAAAAAAGAUACCGAACGAGCAGAUGAAAUCCGAGCCAUGAAGCAAGCCUGGGAGAUGACUGAGCCUGGAAGGGCUAUCAAGGCUUCCCAGGCUCGCCUGCAUUACCUCAGCCGGUUCAUUAGGAAAAUUCCGGAUGCUGAGAGUGUGCCUAUGUCUGAAAGCCAAACUAAAGCACCAGAGGACGUUGAAACAUCUUCAAGUGCCAUAAAAGAGCCAGACGCAAAGGGUUCCAUGAGUUCAGAGAGCAAAGAUAUCCCGCCGUUGGGGAGUAUGCUGUGGAAGAAGUGGCAGAUGACCAGGGGCUUGAAGGACUGGUCAAAACUGGUGAGCAGCGAAAUUGGAGGAACGUCUCUAGCAGGGAAGGAGGAACAGACGGUGCGGAAGGAAAAUAUCAGGCCUCGUUCGCGAUCCCCAACAAUUUUGGAAAUGUCUCCACAACUUAUUCGAAAAGCACUAGAAUGUGUAGACAUAACACAAUAUGUACGAAAAACAAGAGACGCUGAUCCUGUGCUACAAACAGAGGAUCUGAACCAGCAGCAGGCAAUGCAAAAGGCAGAAGAGGUUCACCAGUUCCGACAGUAUAGGACCAGAGUACUCAGCAUUCGAGACACUGAGCAAGAGGAACAGCUGAAAAUAAAGGAUAAAAUCCUGGAGAUGUAUGGGGAAAUGCGGGACUCCUUAGAUGAAGCCCGGCAGAAGAUCUUCAGUGUCCGGGAAGAGUAUAGAAAGAAGUUGCUGGAAGCUGAGCGCCUAAGAUUGGAAGCUCUGGCUGCGGAGGAAGCAGCAAGUUGGGCGGAGACAGAAAAGAAGACGCCGCUUCCUGACACACGGGAAAAGAAGAAAGGAAAGAAGAAGUAACCAGAAGGAGCCCAAAACUCACCUUCUUCUGAAGAGGAAAAUCCCUUUAUUUGUUUAUUUAUUUAUUUUUUUUAGUGAUCUAUAACCUUUCCUGUUGAUAAGGUAUUAGGCCAAUAGAAAAUAGAAGUUUUCCUUCUCAGAA